CUCACUGCGCUGUGAUGACGCCAUCACAAGUCCGCAUCUCUUCUUUGUUUAGCUUUUUUUUUUUACUGCAAACCUUAAAGAUGGAAACCGGGAAGCAGGAAAAGAGUGACAUAAACGAGAGUAAAACCUCACCCCACCUGUUUUGCCAGCUCCACCCUGAGCCCAGGUUGCCUGAGUUUUUAAGCAGCAUUUGUGACUUCCAGGACAUUAAGCUAUUCAGUCUCUGUUUCACCUUGAACCACAUGGCCUCUGCCUGGUCUGAAGAGGAGACCUUUGUCUGCUCAGUAUGCCUGGACACCCUGAAGGACCCGGCCACUCUGCCCUGUGGACAUUCAUACUGCUUGGCUUGUAUCCACAACCACUGGGACAAAAGAGACAGCAGAGGUGAGUACAGCUGCCCCCAGUGCAGGCAGGUCUUCAACCCUAGACCCUCGCUGGCUAAGAGCACUGUGCUAGUGGAAGCUAUGGAGAAACUCAGAACCAACAGCUUCAAGCAGAGCUCCUUCACAGCUGGGUCUUCUGCCCCACCGUCAAUGCCAAUCUACCUGGAGGUCCUACCAGACAGAGGACCAGCACGACAGGGCAGCAUUUACCCUCAGCUUCCCACUGUGGAACCCAGGCCCUGCCCUCAACACAACCAACCCAUGGACCUGUUUUGCCAUGAAGACAUGGAGUGUGUGUGUGAAGUAUGUUGCCAGCAAGGACACAAGGGACAUCGUGUGGUCAAACCGCAUGAGGAAAGGAGGGCGAGGCAGAAAGAGCUUGUCCAAAUGCAGGCUGACGUGCAGAGAAGAAUCAGGGACACAGAAAAGACGCUUAAUGUGCUUCCACAUGUUUCCCGCCAACACAAGGCCUUGGUACAGGCUCUAGAGCAAGAGAGCUCAGAUUUGUUCUCAGAGCUUGUGAAGAGCGUGAAUCAAACGGGAAUCCAGGUGGUUGAGCUCCUCAGCACCCAUGAGGCCUCUUUGGGCAGCCAGGUAGAGGGGCAGAUCAACAGCCUGGAGCAGGAGGUGGCUCAGCUGCACUGGAAGAGUGAAGAACUAAACAGGCUGGUGGGCAUGCAGGACCACAUCUGCUUCUUGAAGAAUUUCUUCACCAUGGAGCUGCCGGGUCAGACUGGUGCCACAAGAGAGCCAAACCUGAGUCAGGAUCAAGCAGAGGUGUCCUCCAUCCGCUCUGCCUUCAAAGAACUGCAAGAGGCAAUACAGGAGCAAUGCAAAGCAAGUGUGGCCAAGAUCUGCAUAUUAUUGAAUCAGGACCAUGUGGCUCCAACAACCAACGGCACAGAAGCAGCAGCAGGGAGCGCUACUGCAGCUGAUAACAGUCGUCAGUGCAGUGCAAGAAACACAGUAUAUGAGAUGACAACAGACCCUCCACCUUUGCCACCACCACGAUCUCAGGGUCAGGAGUCUUCCCCCAAAUCUCAAUCUCUGCAGCCUGCAAGUCUUCACGCUUCAGCGCCCCCUCCUCCGUACCUUCCUCCUCAACCUGAAGCACCUCCUGUAACUAAACUGGGACUUGCUAAUCCAGACCCCAAGACCAGAGGGGAACUGCUGAAAUUCCGCUUUGAACCCACCAUGGACCCUAACACGGUGUACCGCCAUGUGCAGUUGUCAGAUGGAGGUCGCAAUGCCAAAAUGCGGGCAGAGAACCUGAACCCACCGGACCAUCCAGAGCGCUUCGACUUUUGGAGACAAGUUGUCUGCACAGAGCCCCUCGCAGGGAGCCCUUACUACUGGGAGGUGGAGUGGACUGGCCAGAAGAUCACCAUCGGCGUGGCCCACAAGGAGAUGGAGCGUAAAGGCUCCGGUGACACAAGCCGUUUGGGCCACAAUAAUCUCUCCUGGACCUUGUACUGGUCCGGGACUGGCUUCUCCUUCUGGCACGAUGGCAAAGAAAAACAACUGGGCUCACCUAAGGCCCGACGAAUCGGGGUAUAUCUGGACCAGCAUGCAGGGAUUCUAGCUUUUUACCGCAUUGCCAAGAACCAGGCUGAACUCAUCCACCGCUACCAGACCCAGUUCACAGGUCCGCUGUAUCCAGGGUUCAGGUUCUGGGCAGGAGUAGGGACAGGAGUGACUAUUUGUCCUUUGGAUUAAACUGAAUCUGACUUGUGAUGAUAUUCUGUAAAUGACAUAAGAUGUGAUGGUGUUUAGAAAUGUCUGGGUUCAUGACAUCAUUCUGUCUGAAGCCUGUAUUGUUGUCUAAAGUUAUUCUUUGUAAUUUAAUAAAAAACACAUGCACAUUAAAGAGUGCUCAAGCCGUUGGGGGGUUUGGUGACUUGCUCAAGGGCACCUCAGCAUGUACUAAGGAAGUUACCUGGCACCUCUCCAGACUUUGUCCAUGACUAUGUCCAUGACUUGAACCAGUAACCCUCCAGUUCCCAACCCAAGUCCCUAAAGACUGAGCUAUUGCCACCAUAUUGGAUAUUUUCUUGUUUUUAUUUACCAAAAUCUGCAAGCAAACUCCUGCACACUGUCUCACUGCAAAGUCUGGAUUUGUGUUCCAUCAAAGAUUCAAUUUGACCAAAGUUGGUACAUCCUCACUUAUUAUCUCUUGGAGCCAACAUUUUGUAAGUCUCUCUCUUUCUUUUUCCAAACCUUCAUAAGCCUCUGUUUGUGCCAGUAAACUCUCGUAAUACAAAACUAUUCAUGGAGGGACAAUGACGCUCUCAUUUUACAUGUGGUGGCAACAGGUUGUCAGAAAGAAGCGGACAAAGCACUGCUGGCUUCUGGGUGAAAAUAUGUAUCUUAAAUGAGAGAUUUUAAAAUCUGAUUGGUGGAAAAACAAUAAACACAAACACAUGACACCCUUCGCGCUCACUUCCUGGUUUAGCCUUCCAUAACAGAUUUAUAUGAGUUGAAGCCCCUGAGAGGAGUUUUUACCUCGUUAUGAAACAGACUGAAAUGAAUACUGAUGCGUCAGAAUUACCCACUAGCAAACAAGACCAUCAAAGUGACAAACACUGACUUUUUAAAAAUUAUUUAUGACUAUUUCUGUUACUGCUGUGACGGGAUAGGUGUCAGACAAGAUGAUUUACAACAAGCUGAAGAAACAACAUUUUAGUCCAGUGGAAAAUUUCACAUUUAGUGUGUUUACAUGGACUUUAGUAUCCCGUUAAGA